UUGACAUUUUCAUCCGACAAAAUGUCAAGUCUGUCAUUUUAAUUUUACGGAAGAAAAAUGGUCGGUUUGCUCAACUCUGUUGUUUUCUUUUAGAUAUUGACUAAAAAAUUAAUAGGUGUGUCUCAAACAUGACUGAUAAGGAAAUUUCGGUGGAAGAACUGGAGGAAACGGUGAAGCGGACAGAUGAACAGCUAGACCUGAUGGAGUGGAAGAUGGACAAUGUCGAGAAGGAGCUGGUGGAGCCCAUCAAUACACAGGACAUGUGUAUCAUGCACCUGCUGAAGUCCGUCUCCGAGGUGCGCUCGGACUACCAGCAGUUGCGGCGCGAGCUGGUGGAGGUGCAGGCCUUGCAAAGGGAACUGUCCUCGAGGCUCCGCACGCAGCUGCGGCUGGUGCACGGCAAGUUCGCAAGACUCCGCCAGCGACUGGCCGCAGCCUCCCCGCCCCGCUGAACUGAUACCCCACCUCUCAUGUCUAACAAAUCGCAAGAGACAUUACAAUCUUGGGUUGAACCUUAAAAAUUUUAGUGAAACCUUUAGGAGUAAUAAAAUCGUUGAAGUUUUUCAUUACUUUCAACGGAAAAUAUGAUUAUGAAACUUAAAACAAAAAGUCUCGUCGUGUGGGACGCUUUCUGUUACAAAGUUCGCUUUCAAUGUUAAGUUUACCGUUUAAAUUGUAUUUUAUAGCAGUUUCGUAACUGUGUCUGUCUAAAUUAUAUUCUACGUUAGUUAUACAGGCCUAAUUGAUGUUCAUUGAAUUUGUAUGCGUAAUCUAUAUUUUCAAUGUUAUUUAU